UGGGGAGGUGGGAGCCGGUUACCUGCCGCUCCUCUGUCAGCCUGAGCGGAUUUCAGCUCCAGCAGUCCGGAUCAGAACAUCUGCCUCCUCUCCUCGCCUCUGUCUGUCUCCAGGACCCUUUAAAACACACAGGUAUCAUCAUGUCUCAGAAGAUCAAGGCCGGCUCCGUUGUGGAGAUGAAGGGAGACGAAAUGACCCAAGUCAUCUGGGAGCUCAUUAAGGACAAGCUCAUCUUCCCCUACCUGGAGAUGGACCUGCACAGCUACGACCUCGGCAUGGAGAACCGAGACGCCACGGACGACAAGGUGACGGUGGACGCGGCGGAGGCGGUCAGGCGUUACAACGUGGGCGUUAAGUGCGCCACCAUCACCCCCGACGAGAACCGAGUGGAGGAGUUCAAGCUCAAGCAGAUGUGGCGUUCCCCCAACGGAACCAUCCGUAACAUCCUGGGAGGAACCGUGUUCAGAGAGGCCAUCAUCUGCAAGAACAUCCCACGCCUGGUGACCGGCUGGAUCAAACCCAUCAUCAUCGGGAGGCACGCACACGGAGAUCAGUACAAAGCCACAGACUUCGUGGUGCCCGGUCCUGGAAAAGUUGAGAUGACCUACACGCCCACAAACGGAGAGCCGGUGAAAUAUCAGAUCCACGAGUUCCAGGGAACAGGUGGUGUCGCCAUGGGCAUGUACAACACAGACAAGUCCAUCAGGGACUUUGCACACAGCUCCUUCCAGAUGGCUCUGUCUAAGUGCUGGGCUCUGUAUCUCAGCACCAAGAACACCAUCCUGAAGAAGUACGACGGGCGCUUCAAGGACAUCUUCCAGGAGAUCUACGAGAAGGAGUACCGCGCUCAGUUUGAGGCUAAAGGGAUCUGGUACGAGCACCGUCUGAUCGAUGACAUGGUGGCUCAGGCCAUGAAGUCUGAGGGGGGCUUCAUCUGGGCCUGCAAGAACUACGACGGGGACGUGCAGUCGGACUCUGUGGCACAAGGUUACGGCUCUCUGGGGAUGAUGACCAGCGUGUUGAUUUGUCCGGAUGGUCGCACGGUGGAGUCUGAGGCUGCUCACGGCACAGUGACCCGUCACUACAGACAGCACCAGCAGGGGAAAGAGACCUCCACCAACCCCAUCGCCUCCAUCUUUGCGUGGACACGAGGUCUGCUCCACCGGGCGAAGCUGGACAACAACACAGAGCUGAGAGUGUUCGCUGAGGCUCUGGAGGCCGUUUGCGUCGAGACCAUCGAGGCCGGGUUCAUGACAAAGGAUUUAGCGAUCUGCAUCAAAGGCAUGCCAAAUGUGACUCGUGCAGACUACUUGAACACCUUUGAGUUCCUGGACAAACUGGCCGAGAACCUGAAGAUGAAGAUGGCCAACCAGCCCAAACUGUGAACUCUCAGUUAAAAAACACACACAUUUAAACACACACACACAUACACACACACACACGCACACACACAGAUACUAGAACCAACACUGGAGGAUGAAGGACUGAGCCCGACCCUCCAGGAGACUGAAGCUGAGUCAUUCCCUGCCUGAGGGGUCUGAUCAUGAUGGGUGCCUUUUCCACAGAGAGUUCAAACAGCGGCCAUCUUUCCUGUUAACGCAUCGCCACUGCACCUGAUGGUGAUCCAGUUUACCCUGAUUGCACUCGGUCCCCUGCAGUGAGCGCUUGUUUAUGUCAGUAUUUGUUAAGCUCGGCGGGGGGCCAGAAUCUGUCUGAGGAAUCCUCGCUGCCUUAUUCGUUCUACAUCACAGUCAUCGUCUUCUUCUUCUUCGUCUUGUGAACUUCUAACGAUCUCUCAGGCGGCGCCACAGAUCGCAGCCUGAGACUCACUCAUGUAAUGUAACGGUUUUGUAGCACACGGCACAGAAAUCAUCGUUUGUAGCAUCAAAUCAAGAGUCCUGAUUGGACUCUUUUUAAACACUGCUUUUAGAUUUGAUAUCCAUGUUUUUAACCGUCACAGUCAUGAAGAGGUGUAUUUAUUUGUCCUCCCUUUGUGUGUGUGUUAACAUCAGUCCGUCAGUCAUUCCCAUCCUGCCAAAAAGUCUUCAUGUUGUUCGUCUUUUGGUUUAUAAUCGAUAUCAUGCAUGUUAAUUCCUAAUGUGCUGACUCAUAAUAAAUGAGUUUUUGAAGAAA